CACAUCUUUCAGUUGUGUAAUUUGUGGAAUCUGGAUUGUACUGUCCUCUCAAAGGGAGGCUUCUGUGUGUGUGCGUGUCGUAAUUCUCAGUACUACAUUUAUAUCAUGAAGCUCUUGACUCCCCUUUUUCUGUCCGGGCUUGUUGUGGCAGCGGCAGCUCAAGACGGACAAGAGCCUCCCAGUGAGUUAGCGGAACAGAUCGUUUCUUCUCUUGGCCCGGACGAUGUAGAGGAUGGCGCUGACGAUCGAGAGCUCGGAGGUAAAAAAUCGGGUGGCUAUAUUCCUGCUAUGCCAGUGAAGAAGACACCAGUAACCAAAGUGACCUAUUUGCCCACUCCGAAGAAAGCAGCCCAGCCAAUUGUCUACGCAUCAUCCAAAAAAGGUGACUACCUACCACGCAAGCUCCAAGACAUCGAUACAGACGAGACUGAUGCCAUCCGCUCCGACGAAGAACUCGACACAGAGGAAUCACAGACGGCCGACGAAUCGGCCGAUGAUCGCGAACUCGGGGGCAAGAAGAAUCGUGGUGGCUAUAUUCCUGUAAAGCUACCACCGCCCAAAAAAGUUGUCGUUGCUCCCAAGAAGGUGGCCACUCCGAUCUACGCUGGCAAGAAAGGAUACUGGGGCGGAGGCUACUACCGCCGCCUCGGUGAGGAACCAGAUACAGAAGACGAGCUCGUCGAGGAACUGGAGGCCGAAGAGCCCGAGGAAUCACAGACGGCCGACGAAUCGGCCGAUGAUCGCGAACUCGGGGGCAAGAAGAAUCGUGGUGGCUAUAUUCCCGUAAAGCUACCACCGCCCAAAAAAGUUGUCGUUGCUCCCAAGAAGGUGGCCACUCCGAUCUACGCUGGCAAGAAAGGAUACUGGGGCGGAGGCUACUACCGCCGCCUCGGUGAGGAACCAGAUACAGAAGACGAGCUCGUCGAGGAACUGGAGGCCGAAGAGCCCGAGGAAUCACAGACGGCCGACGAAUCGGCCGAUGAUCGCGAACUCGGGGGCAAGAAGAAUCGUGGUGGCUAUAUUCCUGUAAAGCUACCACCGCCCAAAAAAGUUGUCGUUGCUCCCAAGAAGGUGGCCACUCCGAUCUACGCUGGCAAGAAAGGAUACUGGGGCGGAGGCUACUACCGCCGCCUCGGUGAGGAACCAGAUACAGAAGACGAGCUCGUCGUUGAACUGGAGGCCGAAGAGCCCGAGGAAUCACAGACGGCCGACGAAUCGGCCGAUGAUCGCGAACUCGGGGGCAAGAAGAAUCGUGGUGGCUAUAUUCCUGUAAAGCUACCACCGCCCAAAAAAGUUGUCGUUGCUCCCAAGAAGGUGGCCACUCCGAUCUACGCUGGCAAGAAAGGAUACUGGGGCGGAGGCUACUACCGCCGCCUCGGUGAGGAACCAGAUACAGAAGACGAGCUCGUCGAGGAACUGGAGGCCGAAGAGCCCGAGGAAUUACAGGCACAAGAGCCCGAGGAGUCGGCAGAUGAGGCUGCCGACGGCCGCGAACUCGGCAAAAGCACGUACGGUGGCUACAGCUACUCUCCGUCCAGCAAAAAGACAACCGUACAGCCUUCCUACACCACUAAAGUUGUUCGACGCCCCAAAAAGGUUGACCAGCCUGCGCCAAAGAAGCUCAUUCGCUCCGAGCCCAAGAAAAGCGUUAGCUAUCAGCCGAAGAAGACUGUACGUACAGUCUCUAAGAAAACUGUGAGUCCGGUUCCGAAAAAGGCUGUUCAGGCGCAGCCGAAGAAGACCCUCAGUUACCGACCGGUAAUUGAGGCGCAAACAAAGAAGAGCACGCACUACGCUCCUCAUUAUACUUCAAAGAAGGGAUCGUACUAAACACCCGUAGGAAACGUGUCUUUUCGUUCUUUGCGUGGUAGCCACCAAAAAUGGUGGUUCUGUUAGCCGCGAAUGAGGGGCUGAAGACUGAAAGCUAUCGAUGUCCGCUUCCCUCAUUUCCGACUCUUGUUUUGGUCCGAACAAGCCAACCUUCGUUUUAUAUCG